AUGGAAGCUGAAGUUGAAGGAUGGCUGCUCGCAAAAAGAGCGAAAAACAGAGCCGUGAUGAUCAGAGACAUUCAGGGGAAGGCUCUCAGAGUUGUGCGUGAAUUCGGCGACAUGAGCUCUAAGGCUUCCAAUGAAUGGGCCCGUAGGUUCUUGAAACGCAACGAAUUUAUUAGCGUGAGGAGGCCAACGAGUGUGGGCCAACCAGUUGCCGAGGAACACCUCGGAAAGAUCGAGUCGCAUCGGAGAUUCUACUCCGAAACGAGCGAUAUCGAUCUGUCGAACAUCGGUAAUUUCGUAGAGGUACCUGUACUUUCCGAUAUAGUCUACGGACGAAGUGUCGCACCGAAAGGCUCAGACAGUGCGGAAAUAGACACUACCGGUAAUGUCAAAAACACCAUCUCUAUAGUUUUGUGCGUCACGGCCGUCGGCGAUGAACUGCCUUCAAUGCCCAUGUUCAAAAAGAAGCUGAUCCCCGGAGAAGAUAUUUCACUUUGA